AUGGCAUCAGCAACGCCCUUCACGGUAGCUGUGCCGAACGAUCGACUGGAGAGAUUACGCGCGAAGUUGGAAUUGACAGAAUUCCCGGAUGAACUGGAUGAUGCCGGAUGGGACUAUGGAGCUCCGCUGGCUGAUGUGAAGCGGCUGACUGCAUACUGGAAGGAUGGAUUCGACUGGAAGCAUCAGGAGGCGGAAAUCAACAAACUGCCCCAGUUCCAGACCCAGAUCAAAGUCGAUGGAUACGAGGCUCUGAGAAUUCAUUUCGUUCAUCAGAAAAGCGAGAAUUCCAAGGCUAUACCACUGCUUUUCGUACACGGAUGGCCUGGUAGUUUCUUGGAAGUCGUGAAGCUACUGCCACUACUCGCAAAGCAGGACGGAGGCAAAGGUCCAGCUUUUCAUGUCGUUGCGCCAUCUUUGCCCAACUUUGGCUUCUCCGAUGGCGUCAAAAAGCGCGGCUUCGCUUUGAAGCAGUAUGCUGAGACUUGCCACAAGCUGAUGCUUCAACUUGGCUAUGAUCAAUACGUAACUCAAGGAGGUGAUUGGGGCAGUCACAUUACUCGUGUAAUUGGCUUCCGGUAUCCGCAACACUGCAAAGCCAGCCAUAUCAAUUAUGUCAGACCCACACAUGCUCCGACAUUCACUAGCUCUCCAGCGCUGGCAUUGCAACAUGCUGUGACACCCUACAGCGACUAUGAAAAGGCAGGCUGGGCACGCACACAGUGGUUCCAGAAAGAAGGAUACGGUUACAAUGAAAUACAACGUACUAAACCUCAAACCCUUUGCUAUGGUUUGGCCGACAGCCCAGUUGCAUUACUUGCUUGGAUCUACGAGAAACUCCAUGACUGGACCGACCAUUACCCUUGGACUGACGAUGAGAUCCUGACUUGGAUCUCGAUAUACUGGUUCUCGACCGCUGGGCCAGCUGCUAGCACGAGGAUCUACUAUGAAGUGGGACAUGCGACUGGAUCUGAUCGCUCUGCGAUCGGGGAGUACAUUCCGCACGUCAAACUCGGGCUGGCUUAUUAUCCGAAGGAUCUCGAUAUCCCUCCGAAAAGCUGGGGUAGGAUUCUUGGACCUGUUGUAUUUGAGCGCCAACAUCCAGACGGUGGACAUUUUGCUGCUCAUGAGCGGCCUGAGGCUAUGGUGCAUGAUCUGAAUGAGAUGUUUGGCAAGGGUGGAGGAGCUUAUGGGGUGAUCAAGGGCAAAGAGGGCUACAAUUGA